AUGGUUGGGAAAAAGACAGAAUAUUGACACACCCUUAAACUGGUUUUCAACCUCUUUGCAAUUGUAACCAGCGACUAACCCACUUCCUCCCUUUACCACCUUCCCAAAUGGCCUCGGUUUCAGGAGCUGACCAACGCCGACCACCCAGAUCCGGUGGAAAGAUGCUGCGUCCUCGGCGAACCAUGUCACGCACGACGCCUUACGACCGACCCAGAUUGUUCAAUUCAACUCAGCAAAACCCUAAUUGGAUCUCCAAGCAUUUAUUUUCCCCUACUCGCGCUGUUGUCUCCGGUGCCACCAGAGUACUUUCCUCUGUUUUUGGCCUCGAAUCCUCCUCCUCCUCUUCGUCUUCAGACCGUGAUUCAACUUCAGAUGACACUGGUGGUACAAAUGAUGGUCAGGAUGUCUCGAGUCAAGGGCUUAAUAACAUAGAACAUGGUGAGCCCCAACCUUUUGCAGGAAAGAUUGAAACCAAGCGUCUUAUAGAGCAACUUCUCAUGCAGGAGUCAUUCUCAAGGGAAGAGUGUGAUAAACUAACAAAUAUUAUUAAAUCAAGAGUUGUGGAUUCUCCAGUGACCAGAGAUGUCAACAAUCAUGAUCUUUGUGGCACAGCUGUUAUAGAGGCAAAAAAAUGGUUAGAGGAGAAGAAGUCAGGAUCAAAUUCUAAGUCAGAAUUGCACCACGGCACCUCUGCGCAGAAGUUUUUGACAUUGGCACAUAGCAUUGAAGGUGAAGCAGGAUCACCUUUGGACAUGGCCAAAACAUACAUGAGAACUCAUCCUCCAUGGGCAUCACCAGCCCUGAACGAUAUUGAAUUUAGAUCACAACGACCAUUUGGAGUGCCACUUUUCAAGGAAGAAACACCAUAUUCAAUUGGGGGCAAGUACUUGUCCUCAUCCAAGUUGAAAAGGGAUUCUCCUGCCACUGAUUCAUGGAACAUCCAAGAGGAAAUACGAAAAGUGAGAUCUAAGGCAACUGAAGAAAUGCUGAGGACUCUAUCAUCCCCAAAAAUUGACUGGUCUUCGUUUGCGUUAGAACAGAAAAGUGCUCCUGAUUCUUUAGCUGCAAAAAACUUGGGCCCUGCUGAGGAUAACCCAGAUAGCUCUAAAAAAUCAGUGGAGGCAUCUGAAGUUUUGGCUACUAUACCAGCUUCACAGAUUCCAGAAGAUGCAUUAAACAGUGAUGCUUUAUCAAUCCCAGCAACUCUUGGUUGUGAAGAUUAUCAGGGUAUGGAAGCUGUUCAAAGUACUGAGAGAAAAAGAGGUGAGACACUAGAUGAAGGACAGAAACUUCAAUCAACGGUAGAUAUCAAAACUGCUUCAAAUAGUGAUGUCGCUGCUGAUGUCGAUCAUUUUAAGGAAACCAAUGGGUCUAUCCUGCAGUUUGGUUCUACUACCGAAGGAACUGUACAGAACUCACAAAUGGAAGACAACCGUGUGACAUUAAAAGAAGUUGCCAAAACAGGCUGUGCUGCUGCUGCUGCAUCUACUGCCAAUGGAUUGCCUUCAGGAUUCAGUAUGUCAGCUGAAGCGGAUAAAGAACCAAAAAAAGGACCAAUAAAUGAAGAAGAUGAUACAGUUGGUUCCAGGGAUGAGAAUGCAGGAAGCGCGGAUGUGAAGGACAAGACUAAGCCGUUGAGUGAGGCUUCCCUAGAAGUUUUGGUUGCAGUAUCCAAUUCCCAGAACAAUUCAAGCAUGCAACGUGAAGGUGAAGGUGAAGAUGAAGGUUCGCUGGAGCAGUUGAAUACACCAAAGUCAAAACGCAGCAUGGCAGGCAAUAGCAACGCUGGCAUGGAGAAGCAGCAGGGAAAGAAAGUGAGCCGAAACACGAGGAGAACAAGGGGACGGGUCAGAUGAAAUAUAUGCUGUACUAAUGUUAUGCCUGUAGCUUAGUGUAAAAUGACGUUUAAACUAGAAGGAUAAUAAUAUGGGAU